AUGGUCUGUGACAAGAUGACAUCUCAUUGGUUGGAGACACGCACAUGUGCUGUAUGUGUUGGUUGUCAGGUCACCUUCUUUGUGGCUUUGCUCGUGCUGGAUGCGAGAAGACAGAAGGCGAACCUGUAAUCCAGCCGCAACAACACAGACAGACAGACCUCCCUACAUUAAUAAUGACUUCGCUGGGUGCAGGUCCGAUUUCCCCUUGCUGUUCUGUUGCAUGAAGUCAAAGGAGAGUGACAUGUACAAGCAGCCCAUAAGGGACGUGCCGUGGGGCCUGUCUGCAACAGUGAGGACAAGGCUGGGCCCGUUUCUCGCUCACCCGAUCGUCAAGGCUGCUGUCGUCUUGGCGUAUCUUGGACUGCUCUCUGGAGGUCAGAGGGGAAGGCGCACACAGACGUGGGGUCGUUGCUCAUUCUUCUGUGUGUUGCAGCCAUAGUGGGUGUAUUAAAGCUCAAAGAGGGGCUAGAGCUGAAGAAUUUAGCGCCCUUCUGCAGCUAUUUCCGAGCAAGAAUUCAAGCAGAGGAGGUGGGCAAGGCAAGGCAAGACACCACACGGCAACACAGCGCAGAUUGCCGUAUCUGUGUCUCAUGCAGAAAACAGGCGCUGACAUGGUCUCAAGUGAGCUGUCUGUGGCCGUGAGUCUCCGGAAGGUGGACUUCGCCACGCCGGCAACGCAGGCAUCCAUCGAUGCCGUGACCAGGAAAUUCGAGAAAAGCAAGUGGACAAACAGAGACCCACAAAGACGGGUAACGGCAAUCGGACCUUUAUGUGCAACUGAGUGCCUUUCCUCUGCAUAACCCAGAUCACGAGCUGGCUGCGGGGGUUUGAGGAUUGGGAGACGAACCAAACAGCGGCGACGUGCCCGCCAGACUUCUCGGCGUGCCUCAACAACUUCCUUUCCACGGAAGGAGAGGUCAGCGAGACAGACAAACGGGCAAAGCACUCACUCAUGGAAUGGACUUCGCUGCAGCGCUAUGAGAAAGACGUCUUGAGGAGGCCGACCGAUGGUACUGUGAAGGCCUCCCGCUAUUUCGUGCUCACCAAAGCGACGCCAGACUUCCUGAAACAGGUAUGCCAACCGACCGAACACACUUCACCCAAGUCAAAUGCUUGGUCAUGUCGUGUGUGUGUGUGUGUGUGUGUGUGUGUGGACAGCGCAAGCUGAUGACUGCCUAUCGAGACAUUGCCGAAGACUCUGAUUUCGCCAGGAAGGGGGAGAUUCUGGUCUAUCAUCCAGGCUUCUACUAUUUCGAGCAGAGUAUCGUGAUCCGAGAUCAGACGCUCCUCAACCUGGGGUGCGCCGCCUCUGCUGUGCUCGUGUUGACCUACAUCUUCCUGGCACACCCGGCCGUGUGUUUCUCUGUCCUGGUGGGCCUCUAUCCAUCAAUGCAUGUGAUCAUGCCUGCAUACUCAUUUUGGUUUCUCUGUGCUGUGCUGUGGUGUGCAUGGCUGCAGGUGAUGAUUGUGAGUAUUGACGCCAUGAUUGUCGGCUACAUGUCCCACUGGGGCAUCCCUCUCGACUCGGUGCGCAGCUGUCUCACCGAAGCACAGUCAACGAUACGUGUGUCUGUGUGUGUGUAUGUUUGUUUGUGUCUCUGCUGGUUCAGAUCACAAUGAUCAACCUUGUCAUGGCCAUCGGUGAGUAGGGGAACAGCAAGGCCACUGAUAUACAUUAUGACAUGUCCGUCUCGGAUUUCGGUGUAGGCUUUGCGGUCGAUUAUUCGGCCCACAUCGCUCACGCCUUCAUGCAGGAGACAGGCACACACAACGAGCGCAUGAUCAAGGCCCUCCAGUCCAUGGGUGUCUCCGUCGCCAACGGGGCGUUGUCCACGCUGCUGGCGACGCUGCCACUCAUCGGCUCUUCCUCCUAUAUCUUUUAUGUGUUCUUCCAAAUGUUCUUCAUGGCUGUUCUGUUCGGAGCCAGUGAGACACACACAGAGCACCUCAUGACCCCACACAAGAGUCCUUAUCAUUCUGUUCUUGUUCGUGGAUGCAGCGCAUGGUUUGAUUUUCCUUCCCGUCUUGCUGUCUCUCAUCGGUCCCCGGUCGUCAUCACACCGAUCCGCUGACGAGCAAAAGCCAAAAGACACGCGGAAGAUCGAGCCUUCGGGCGAAGAGGAGUUGCCACGGCUGGCUCAGAUGUCGGUACCCUCAGACCUGCAGACAGCGCCGGGCAACAGCAGUGACGACGGGGGAAAGGGGAAGGACGAUAGUGGGAAAGGGGAAGAUGCGACCGUGUAGUCGGGUUGAAAGAUGGGAGACUCUUUCUUAGGAGAUAGCCAGCGUUAUGUUUGCUGUGUCUCUAGUCUGAAGACGUUCACAUACGCAGAUGUAAAAUGAAGACAUUCCGCUCUCUU